GCCCCUGAGCCCAGCGAUCGAGAGCUACACAGACAGAGAGAAGCUCCAAACAUAAAUCGGCGACGCUCAAAUAAAUCAAUAAAAGAUAAUUAAAAAGCCAAACACCCACCGAAACCCCCAACCCAACCCCACCCCAAGCAGCAGCAGCAGCAGCAGCACCGAAGCCCAAGAUACGGAACUUCUAACUCACUGACUCGUUCUUCGAUUCCUCUUCUGCAAUUCAUCCGACCUCGUCUCAUUCCCAGCUGCGGUUUAAUUGCUUUGUGAGUGAUGUAAUUUUCGGUUCCUGCAGUUCGGGGAGAAGCAACCGGGGCGACCUUUGAAGUUAGGGUUUUUUAUUUAUUGUGUUUUUGAAUUAAUAUUGGGUUGAUUCGAAGGGGCUACGCCACUGAGUUUGAUCCCUAGGGUUGUGGAUUUUGGGUAGAUGAGAUUUGGGUUUGCAUUGUAUGGUUUUCGGGUUGUUUGGAAAGAAAAAUACCCGUAUAUUUAUUGAUAAUUGGGGUUUCUGCGGUUUAUUGACAGUCAAUCUAAUUGUCGUUCCAGAGGCAUUUCUCAAUAUAUGUGGUGCUUGAUGUUUGAUUGGCAUCGAAAGAUAUGCAGAGGGGUGAAUAAUAACAAUCUACAGUUCAGUCAUAGUUACUGUUGCUGUUGAAUGUGGAUGGUGUAUAAAUCCGUUGCUUGUUGAGAAAUGCAACCUCACCAGAGCUCAAGAGUUGAUCUGGGUGAGUUGAAAGCUCAGAUAGUGAAGAAGAUUGGGACUGACAGGUCGAAGAGGUAUUUCUAUAACUUGAAUAGGUUUUUAAGUCAGAAGCUUAGUAAGAGUGAAUUUGAUAAAUCAUGUUAUCGUGUAUUGGGAAGGGAGAAUCUUCCGUUGCACAAUCAACUUAUACGUACAAUUUUGAAGAAUGCAUCUCAUGCCAAGACUCCACCUCCAUUUCACGAAGUGAGUCCUGCAAAAACUUUGAUCCAAACUGCAAAAGCAUCUCCCAGUAAAGAAGACGGCCAUGAACAAAGUGGGUCCCUCAUUCCAGCUCAGAAUGUACACAUUUGGUCAAAUGGGGUUUUGCCUUUGUCCCCUCGAAAGGGUAGGUCUGGGAUACGUGAUCGCAAGCUUAGAGAUAGACCUAGCCCGCUUAGGCCAAAUGGGAAGGUCGAAUGUGCCUCGCAUCAGUCUACUGGUACAGAAGAUAGUGGUAGUAAGGGUAUAACGGAAAAUGGAUCUUUGACUCCCUGUGAUUAUCAAAGACCAUUGCAGCUACUUCAGCCAGUUGCAGAACAACCAGAGAACAAAAAGGAGCAUCUGGUCACACGAACCUCUGAUAAAACUAGGAUAGGUAGCAUAAACCACUUGAAAGUUGCUGUUGUUGAAGAUGGGGAUGAGGUGGAGCAGGGAAGACACUCUAAUUUCUCAAAAAGACCUCUAUUGGCACCACUUGGAAUUCCCUUUUACUCUGCUAGUGUUGGUGGUGCCCGUAAAGCUAUUCCAGUGGCAAGCAGCGGCGAAUCUUUCAGCUGCCAUGACAGUGGCGGGUUAUCUGACUCGGAGACAUUGAGAAAAAGGAUGGAGCAGAUUGCAACUGCUCAGGGCAUUGGAGGUGUUUCGAUGGAAUGUGCUAAUACGCUGAAUAAUUUGUUGGAUGUGUAUUUGAAGAGGUUGAUCCAAUCUUCUGUUCAGCUUGUUGGAGGAAGAUCUGCACAAUUUUCAAAACGGCACCCUACCCAUAAGCAGCAGGUUCCAGGCAAGAUUAUUAACGGCAUUUGGCCUAGCAAUCACUUACAUAUGCAUAGCAGCGGCGAACCUGUGGAUUGUAUGCAGGAACAGAAAUCUAGGUGUUCAAUAUCUUUACUUGAUUUCAAAGUUGCCAUGGAGCUAAAUCCGCAGCAACUCGGUGAGGAUUGGCCAUUGCUGCUGGAGAAAAUUAGCAUGCAAUCAUUUGAGGAAUGAAAUGUCCAUACGAAGAUUUGUUUCUCCUGAAGCUAUGGUUGGGUCUGUCUGUUCUGGUUCAAAGGCUUUUACAACUGUGUUUGGAGAAUGUUGACACGCCCAGUUAUUGGCAGGAUGAACCAGAUGACUCCCCCAUUACAUAACGCUCUGGUCCUUGCAAGAUGAAUUAGUGGUCGGGGCAUGAAAAUAACUUUUGUCUUGUGGGUGCAGAGCCAGCGUGAUGAGGAGGUUGUAGCAACCGAGUGAGGGCGACUUUAAGAAAGAAUGCCCUGAAUGGUUGCACUGUUUUGUAAAAUUAGCAUUAAUGUUGGCUGUCUCCUUGGAUUGUUUGAGCAUCAAAGCUUUCUGUAAAAUUUACAGCCUGCGAGGGGGAAUUCUACAAAAUUUUGCAGGGACACUGUUUGUGUAGCUUGGUGAAAGGUAAAAUACUUGUGUAAGGGCUGUAGUGUAGCUCUUUAGGUAUUUUUAGAAUUUGAGAAUUGAUUGGUUCCAUUAUUAAUAACAAAUUGACAUCCAUUUUCUCAUC